UCCCUUCGAGGUAUGUCGUGCAUGCGUUUGCAUGGCGUCCGAAAUGUGUUCGCACAUGGAGAAAAACAUUCCCAUUGGAUUUUUUCGGAUCACAAUUUCACUUGUUUUCCAAGUUUCAAAAUCCGAAACCAAAGCCAAAGCGAGCGAUGACGAUGACAGCACAAGGCAUCUCUUUGUUCUUGCCUCACUAUCCAUUUGAAGGUGUGUUUCUUAAUAAGAAUACAAUAAAGUUGCUUUCUCCUACCAAUGUUGGAGAACUAGACUUUCCUAAAUUGAAAGCUCACUUUCCCUCCAAAUUAUUACCUCCAUUUUUCAUUCACACCUCUAAUUUGAACGCAACAAUGAAAAAAAAAGAAUCAAAAAUCGUUAUCAAAAUAGCUAAACCAAUAACUUUUUUUCGAUUCGAGUAAUUGAUACUGGUUCGGCUACGAACAACCUAGAAGAUGCAAUAAGUUGUAAGGUCUCCAUCAGCUAUUUUUGGUAGACUAGACUAGACCAAAGUUUAUUGCCAUUUUUAUAUAUAUGUAUGUACACCAACAAAGAAAGUAUUCUCCUUGAGGCAUCCCUUAGUAUCACUAAAAAAGCUUAGCUAUUCAAUUUCCCAUAACACCAAAGCAAUGGGGAGCCUUGGUCUUAAACCAAUUGACACUAAGACCAAAAUAGGACCUAAAAUGGGCGUGAAUACUGCUAAUGGCCAGAAAAAAAACACUGUGGUGGUGACAGAGCCAGAACAGGAGCCAGCAAGUCCAGCUACACGAUUGUUCCAUACAAAGUCUCUUAAUUGCUACAUUAUUGCCAUAUUAGGUUGCACUACAAAGAUAAACCGCGAUGUCAUCAAGAAAGGCCUUGAGUCCACUCUUGUCAAUCACCCUCGAUUCUCUAGUAUAUCGGUGGUGGAUGAAAAGAAAGGUGCAAGGAAGUGGGUGAAAACGACAGUAAAUGUGGAAGAUCACCUAGUAUGUCCGGAUUUGGAUCCUGACAUGGAUUCCCCAGAUGAGUUCCUGGAAAAUUACACAUCAAGUCUAACAACAACACCCUUAGACAUGACAAAGCCACUCUGGGAGGUACACAUCUUGAACGUGAAAACAUCCGAAGCCGAUGGAGUUGGGAUUCUAAAAUUGCACCAUUCAAUUGGUGAUGGCAUAUCAAUUAUCUCCUUAAUCUUGGCGUGCACUCGUAAGGCAUCGGAUCCAGAAGCACUGCCCACUAUACCUUCAAGUAACAAGAAAGAAAAAAAAGAUAAGGCUGGAUGUUUUAGUAGGUUUUGCUACUAUGUUUGGUUUUCGUUUAUGUUGUUUUGGAAUACGAUUGUGGAUGUUGUUAUGUUUUUGGCUACCAUUAUGUUUCUGAAGGAUACGGACACACCGAUGAAAGGAGGAGCUGAGGUUGGGGAUAGUCCUAAGAGACUUGUGCACAGGACUAUCAGCCUCGACGACAUGAAACUUGUCAAGAAUGCCUUGAACUUGACAAUUAAUGAUGUAGUGAUGGGCAUGGCACAAGCUGGUUUCUCACGUUAUCUCAAUAGAAGAUACGGUGGUAUAUGUUCAGGUAACAAGAAGGGGAAAGGAAGCAGCAAGACAAAUAAUCUGCCCAACAACAUUCGUCUUAGAGGAUCUAUUGUUUUCAACAUCAGACCUUCUACUGGAAUUAGAGCUCUAGUAGAGAUGAUGGAGAAAAGAUCAAAGGCAAAAUGGGGCAAUGAAAUUGGAUAUGUGCUGACCCGAUUACCCAUUAGUUUACCCGAUAAUCCGUUGGAUUAUAUCCGGCAAGCUAAAACAAUUAUCGACAGAAAAAAACUGUCUCUUGAAUCCAGAUUCUCUUUUCGUGCUGCUAAGUUAUUUUAAGAAAUUGUCGGAUCCGAGGUGGCAGCAAAGCUGACAAGCAGAAUACUAUCGCACACCACAGUGUUAAUAUCAAACAUGGUUGGGCCUCAAGAAGAGAUCACAUUUUUUGGGCAUGAAUUAGCAUAUGCUGCUCCUACAAUUUUUGGACUCCCUCAUGUUA